UUUGCCUUCUGAAUGCCUUCCUGCUUCCAGUCCAAGGCUUCUCUCUGUGGAGCGGAAUGCCGUUGUACGCCUGAUUAAAGGUGCCCGAGGAGAUCACCUUUGAAAGGAAGCCCUGAGCGCCUGACAGGAUCCUUUUCAAUGCAUUAUGGCUCAUGCAGCCUCACAGUUAAAGAAAAACCGGGAUUUAGAAAUCAAUGCUGAAGAAGAGACCGAGAAGAAAAGGAAACACCGCAAACGGUCCCGGGAUCGGAAGAAAAAGUCUGAUGCCAAUGCAAGUUACUUAAGAGCAGCUCGAGCUGGACACCUAGAAAAGGCCCUUGACUACAUAAAAAAUGGAGUUGACAUCAACAUUUGCAACCAGAAUGGGUUGAAUGCACUCCAUCUUGCUUCCAAAGAAGGCCAUGUAGAAGUUGUUUCUGAACUGCUACAGAGAGAGGCCAAUGUGGAUGCAGCCACAAAGAAAGGAAACACAGCGCUGCACAUAGCAUCUUUGGCUGGACAAGCAGAAGUGGUCAAGGUCUUGGUUACCAACGGAGCCAAUGUCAAUGCACAAUCUCAGAAUGGCUUCACACCACUGUACAUGGCUGCCCAGGAAAACCACCUGGAAGUUGUCAAGUUUCUCCUUGACAACGGUGCCAGCCAGAGCCUGGCCACAGAGGACGGCUUCACGCCGCUGGCAGUGGCUUUGCAGCAAGGUCAUGACCAGGUAGUUUCGCUCCUGCUAGAAAAUGACACAAAAGGAAAGGUGCGUCUUCCGGCUCUUCACAUCGCCGCCCGAAAAGACGACACGAAAGCCGCUGCCCUGCUGCUGCAGAAUGACAACAACGCGGACGUGGAGUCGAAGAGUGGCUUCACCCCGCUCCACAUAGCUGCUCACUACGGAAAUAUCAAUGUAGCCACUUUGCUGCUGAACCGAGCGGCGGCUGUAGACUUCACUGCACGGCAUUCAGAUGCUCGGCCCUGCAUGUGGCGUGACUGCCAUGUGCAGCGUGCAUCGAAAAGAGGAAACGCAAAUAUGGUGAAACUACUGCUUGACCGAGGAGCUAAAAUUGAUGCCAAAACCAGGAAUGGACUGUCCCCACUGCACAUGGCCACGCAAGGCGACCACCUAAACUGCGUCCAGCUCCUGCUGCAGCACAACGUGCCUGUGGAUGAUGUCACCAAUGACUACCUGACGGCGCUACAUGUGGCCGCCCACUGUGGCCACUACAAAGUCGCCAAGGUCCUCUUGGACAAAAAGGCCAACCCCAAUGCCAAAGCCCUGAAUGGCUUCACCCCUCUUCAUAUCGCCUGCAAAAAGAAUCGAAUUAAAGUCAUGGAACUCCUUCUGAAACACGGUGCAUCCAUCCAAGCUGUAACCGAGUCGGGCCUUACCCCAAUCCAUGUUGCUGCCUUCAUGGGGCAUGUAAACAUCGUGUCACAACUAAUGCAUCACGGAGCUUCACCGAACACCACAAAUGUGAGAGGAGAAACAGCCCUGCACAUGGCGGCGCGCUCAGGCCAGGCAGAAGUCGUGCGGUAUCUGGUGCAAGACGGAGCUCAGGUAGAAGCUAAAGCUAAGGAUGACCAAACCCCACUCCACAUUUCAGCCCGAUUGGGGAAGGCAGAUAUAGUACAGCAGCUGUUGCAGCAGGGAGCGUCUCCAAAUGCAGCCACGACGUCUGGAUACACCCCGCUUCACCUCUCGGCCCGAGAGGGGCACGAGGAUGUCGCUGCAUUCCUUUUGGAUCACGGAGCAUCUUUAUCCAUAACAACAAAGAAAGGAUUUACUCCUCUUCACGUGGCAGCAAAGUAUGGAAAACUUGAAGUAGCCAAUCUCCUGCUACAGAAAAGCGCCUCUCCAGACGCUGCUGGGAAGAGCGGCCUAACUCCACUGCAUGUAGCUGCACAUUACGAUAAUCAGAAAGUGGCUCUUCUGCUUUUGGACCAAGGAGCCUCUCCUCACGCGGCUGCAAAGAAUGGCUAUACCCCACUGCACAUCGCUGCCAAAAAGAACCAGAUGGACAUAGCAACGACCCUGCUGGAGUAUGGUGCUGAUGCCAACGCAGUUACCCGGCAAGGAAUCGCCUCCGCCCACCUCGCCGCGCAGGAAGGGCACGUGGACAUGGUGUCGCUGCUCCUGGGCAGAAAUGCGAAUGUGAACCUGAGCAACAAGAGCGGCCUCACCCCGCUGCACCUGGCUGCUCAAGAAGACAGAGUGAAUGUGGCUGAAGUCCUGGUCAACCAAGGAGCACAUGUCGAUGCCCAGACGAAGAUGGGAUACACACCACUACACGUAGGCUGUCACUAUGGAAACAUCAAGAUUGUUAAUUUCCUGCUCCAGCAUUCUGCAAAAGUUAAUGCGAAAACAAAGAAUGGGUACACCCCCCUGCAUCAAGCAGCUCAGCAGGGACACACGCAUAUAAUAAACGUCUUGCUUCAAAACAAUGCCUCUCCCAACGAACUCACUGUGAAUGGGAACACUGCCCUUGGCAUUGCCCGGCGCCUUGGCUACAUCUCCGUAGUUGACACUCUGAAGGUAGUGACGGAAGAGACGGUGACCUCAACUGCUGUCACAGAGAAGCACAAAAUGAAUGUUCCGGAAACAAUGAAUGAAGUUCUUGAUAUGUCUGAUGAUGAAGUUCGUAAGGCCAACGCCCCUGAGGUGCUCAGUGAUGGCGAAUAUAUCUCAGAUGUUGAAGAAGGUGAAGAUGCAGUGACAGGGGACACAGACAAGUACCUGGGACCGCAGGACCUGAAGGAGCUGGGGGACGACUCCCUGCCUGCUGAGGGCUACGUGGGCUUCAGUCUGGGAGCUCGCUCUGCAAGCCUCCGCUCCUUCAGUUCGGAUAGGUCUUACACCUUGAACAGAAGCUCCUAUGCCCGGGACAGCAUGAUGAUAGAAGAGCUUCUCGUGCCAUCCAAAGAGCAGCACCUAACGUUCACAAGGGAACUGGAUUCAGAUUCUCUUAGACAUUAUAGCUGGGCUGCGGACACCCUGGACAAUGUGAACCUUGUCUCAAGCCCGGUUCAUUCUGGGUUUCUGGUCAGCUUCAUGGUGGAUGCAAGAGGCGGCUCCAUGCGGGGAAGCCGGCACCACGGGAUGAGGAUCAUCAUUCCCCCGCGCAAGUGUACGGCCCCCACCCGUAUCACCUGCCGCUUGGUAAAGAGACAUAAACUGGCCAACCCACCCCCCAUGGUGGAAGGAGAGGGAUUAGCCAGUAGGCUGGUAGAAAUGGGUCCUGCAGGGGCACAAUUUUUAGGCCCUGUCAUAGUGGAAAUCCCUCACUUUGGGUCCAUGAGAGGAAAAGAGAGAGAACUGAUCGUUCUUCGAAGUGAAAAUGGUGAAACAUGGAAGGAACAUCAAUUUGAUAGUAAAAACGAAGAUCUGACGGAGUUGCUUAAUGGCAUGGAUGAAGAGCUUGACAGCCCGGAAGAGCUCGGGAAAAAGCGGAUCUGCAGAAUCAUCACCAAGGAUUUCCCCCAGUACUUUGCAGUGGUUUCUCGGAUUAAGCAGGAAAGCAACCAGAUUGGGCCGGAAGGCGGGAUCCUGAGCAGCACCACCGUGCCCCUGGUGCAAGCAUCCUUCCCAGAGGGGGCGCUGACCAAGCGAAUUCGAGUGGGGCUCCAGGCCCAACCUGUUCCGGAGGAGAUCGUGAAAAAGAUCCUGGGAAACAAAGCAACCUUCAGCCCCAUCGUCACUGUGGAGCCCAGGAGGAGGAAAUUCCAUAAGCCAAUCACCAUGACCAUUCCCGUGCCCCCGCCCUCCGGAGAUGGUGUCGCCAACGGAUACCAGGGCGAUGCCACGCCCAACCUACGCCUGCUCUGCAGCAUCACAGGGGGCACUUCGCCUGCUCAAUGGGAGGACAUCACAGGAACGACGCCUUUGACGUUUAUAAAGGAUUGCGUCUCUUUCACAACCAAUGUUUCAGCCAGAUUUUGGCUAGCAGACUGCCAUCAAGUUUUGGAGACUGUCGGGUUAGCCACACAGCUGUACCGAGAGUUAAUAUGCGUCCCGUAUAUGGCCAAGUUUGUUGUGUUUGCCAAAAUGAAUGAUCCAGUGGAAUCUUCCCUGCGGUGUUUCUGCAUGACAGAUGACAAAGUUGACAAAACAUUAGAGCAACAAGAGAAUUUUGAGGAAGUUGCAAGAAGCAAAGAUAUCGAGGUUCUGGAAGGAAAGCCCAUUUAUGUCGAUUGUUAUGGAAACCUGGCCCCUCUUACCAAAGGAGGACAGCAACUGGUUUUUAACUUUUAUGCUUUUAAAGAAAAUAGACUGCCAUUUUCCAUCAAGAUUAGAGACACCAGCCAAGAGCCCUGUGGUCGUCUGUCUUUUCUGAAAGAACCAAAGACAACGAAAGGACUGCCUCAAACAGCUGUUUGCAACUUAAAUAUUACCCUGCCAGCACAUAAAAAGGAGACAGAGUCAGACCAAGAUGAUGAGACUGAGAAGGCAGAUAAACGACAGAGCUUUGCAUCUUUAGCUUUACGUAAGCGCUACAGCUACUUGGCUGAGCCUGCAAUGAUUGAACGGAGUGCAGGAGCAGCAAGAUCCCUCCCUACCACUUACUCGUACAAGCCAUUCUUUUCUACUCGACCCUACCAGUCCUGGACAACUGCUCCAAUUACAGUGCCCGGGCCGGCCAAGUCAGGCCUCACUUCCUUAUCAAGUUCUUCCUCUAAUACGCCAUCAGCUUCUCCGUUAAAAUCCAUAUGGUCUGUUUCGACUCCUUCUCCAAUCAAAUCCACGUUAGGCGCGUCAACCACAUCUUCAGUUAAAUCCAUUAGUGACGUGGCAUCUCCAAUUAGAUCUUUUCGGACAAUGUCUUCGCCGAUAAAAACAGUGGUGUCACAGUCUCCAUACAGCAUCCAAGCUGCCUCUGGUACCCUGGGGAGAGCUCCCACAGUCACGGAGACUGUGCCCCUUAAAGGGCUGGCGCCAAAUGCUACGUUUUCGUCUCGAACCUCUCCCGUGACGACAGCAGGGUCUCUUUUGGAGAGGUCAUCAAUUACCAUGACACCCCCUGCCUCCCCGAAAUCAAAUAUUAAUAUGUAUUCCUCAAGUUUGCCAUUUAAGUCAAUUAUUACAUCAGCAGCACCUCUAAUAUCUUCACCCUUAAAGGCAGUGGUGUCUCCAGCUAAAUCGGCAGUUGAUGUCAUUUCAUCAGCUAAAGUUACAACAGUAUCUUCCCUCUCAUCACCCUUGAAACAGAUCCCUGGACAGGCAGAGGUAGCCUUAGUCAAUGGCUCUAUUUCUCCUCUGAAAUACCCAUCAGCUUCAACUUUAAUUAAUGGGUGCAAAGCCACUGCCACAUUACAGGACAAAAUUUCUGCAGCUACAAACUCUGUGAGCUCUGUGGCCACCGCAGCCACUGACGCAGUUGCGAAGGUAUUUUCUACCACAACAGCGAUGCCAUUUUCCCCACUCAGGUCCUCUGUUUCUGCAGCACCGUCAGGUUUUCAGUCCCUGAGGACUCCUUCCGCAAGUGCACUCUACGCAUCCCUCGGGCCGUCACUUUCUGCAGCUACCUCAUCUGUAACUUCAUCCAUAAUCACAGUGCCAGUUUACUCUGUAGUCAAUGUUUUGCCAGAACCAGCAUUAAAGAAACUUCCAGACCCUAACUCACUCACAAAAUCAGCAGCUGCCUUGCUGUCACCCAUUAAAACAUUGACUAUGGAGACACGUCCACAGCCCCAUUUCAGUCGAACCCCAUCUCCUGUGAAGACAUCUUUAUUCCUCACACCCUCAGCCCUUAAGUUGUCCACGCCGUCCUCUUUAUCGUCCAGUCAGGAGAUCCUCAAAGAUGUGGCUGAGAUGAAGGAGGACCUGAUGCGGAUGACUGCAAUACUACAGACAGAUGUGCCUGAGGAGAAACCAUUCCAGCCUGAACUCCCCAGAGAGGGGAGAAUUGAUGAUGAAGAACCCUUCAAAAUUGUGGAGAAAGUAAAAGAAGACUUAGUGAAAGUGAGUGAAAUCCUUAAAAAGGAUGUAUGUGUAGAUAGCAAAGGCCCACCCAAGUCACCGAAGAGUGACAAAGGACCCUCUCCUGAAGACGACUGGAUAGAAUUCAGUUCCGAGGAAAUAAGGGAAGCCAGACAACACGCCGCAGCGAGCCAUUCUCCAUCCCUGCCAGAGAGAGUGCAGGUGAAGGCAAAGGCUGCCUCUGACAAGGAUUACAACUUGACCAAAGUCAUCGAUUACCUGACCAACGAUAUCGGGAGCAGUUCACUAACAAACUUAAAGUACAAGUUUGAGGAUGCAAAGAAGGAUGGUGAGGAGAGACAGAAAAGAAUUCUGAAACCAGCCAUGGCCCUGCAGGAGCACAAACUCAAAAUGCCGCCAGCCUCCGUGAGGCCUUCCACCUCUGAGAAGGAAUUAUGUAAAAUGGCUGACUCCUUUUUCGGAACAGAUACUAUUUUAGAGUCUCCAGAUGACUUUUCUCAACAUGACCAAGAUAAAAGUCCCUUGUCUGACAGUGGCUUUGAAACAAGAAGUGAAAAAACCCCUUCGGCCCCACAGAGUGCAGAGAGCACUGGUCCCAAACCACUUUUUCACGAAGUCCCCAUCCCCCCUGUCAUUACAGAAACAAGGACUGAAGUGGUCCAUGUGAUCAGGAGCUAUGAGCCCUCUUCUGGGGACGUUCCCCAGUCCCAACCAGAGGAGCCUGUGUCACCCAAACCUUCGCCAGCGUUUAUGGAACUAGAGCCAAAGCCCACCACCUCCAGUAUUAAAGAAAAAGUGAAAGCAUUUCAAAUGAAAGCCAAUAGUGAGGAAGAUGACCACAGCCGGGUUUUGAGCAAAGGCAUGCGUGUUAAGGAAGAGACGCAUAUCACCACGACUACCAGAACGGUUUACCACUCUCCACCCGGCAGUGACGGAGCCUCAGAAAGAAUUGAGGAAACCAUGUCCGUCCACGACAUCAUGAAGGCCUUUCAGUCCGGGCGGGACCCCUCCAAAGAACUGGCAGGUCUGUUUGAGCAUAAGUCGGCAGUGUCUCCAGAGGUCCACAAGUCUGCUGCUGAAGCAGCUGGCCAGCAAGCAGAGAAGGACAACACAAUGAAACCCAAACUGGAGCGCAUAAUAGAAGUCCACAUCGAAAAAGGUAACCAGGCUGAGCCCACUGAAGUCAUUAUUAGAGAAACCAAAACGCAUCCAGAAAAGGAAAUGUAUGUGUAUCAGAAAGACUUGUCCCGGGGAGAUAUUAACCUAAAAGAUUUUCUGCCAGAGAAACACGAUGCUUUUCCUUGUCCAGAGGAACAGGGUCAGCAAGAAGAAGAAGAGCUCACUGCGGAAGAGUCGUUGCCUUCGUACCUGGAGUCUUCCAGGGUAAACACUCCGGUGUCCCAAGAGGAAGACAGCCGCCCUAGCUCUGCGCAGCUCAUGUCCGAUGACUCUUACAAGACCCUGAAGCUUCUGAGUCAGCACUCCGUAGAGUACCAUGACGAUGAGUUGUCAGAACUAAGAGGGGAGUCUUACAGGUUUGCUGAGAAAAUGCUUCUGUCAGAAAAGCUAGAUGUGUCUCACUCUGACACUGAGGAAUCGGUUACAGACCAUACAGGACCCCCUAGCUCAGAGUUACAGGGGUCCGAUAAGCGGUCCAGAGAAAAAGUAGCCACUGCCCCCAAAAAAGAAAUUCUCUCCAAAAUCUAUAAAGAUGUAUCUGAAAAUGGUGUAGGUAAAGUGUCUAAAGAUGAGCAUUUUGAUAAAGUGACAGUGUUGCACUAUUCUGGCGAUGUUAGUAGUCCAAAACACGCCAUGUGGAUGCGCUUGACUGAGGACAGACUAGACAGAGGUAGAGAGAAGUUGAUAUAUGAAGAUAGGGUGGACAGGACCGUGAAGGAGGCCGAAGAAAAACUAACUGAAGUGUCACAGUUUUUUCGUGACAAAACCGAGAAGCUCAAUGAUGAACUGCAGUCCCCAGAGAAAAAGCCACGCCCUAAAAAUGGCAAAGAAUAUUCUUCUCAAAGCUCUACCAGUAGCAGCCCCGAGAAAGUACUAACAGAACUGUUGGCAUCCAAUGAAGAGUGGGUUAAGGCGAGGCAGCAAGGCUCUGAUGGACAAGGCCUCCCCCAGGCCGAGGACCGGGAAGCCUCCAGUGCGCCCAGCAGCCCGGAGCAAAGAGCCCUUGCCCAAGCAAGCCGGGAUGGCAAGUCCACCACGGAAGCCAAAGGCAGCGCCUCACAGAGCAAAGCACCAGAAGGGCCCCAGUCCGGAUUUCAGCUCAAACAAUCAAAACUCAGCUCCAUUAGAUUAAAAUUUGAACAAGGAACACAGGCAAAAAGUAAGGAUGCGACUCAAGAAGACAGAAAACCAGAUGGCCAAACUAGAAUCCCAGUUAAAAAGCCACAGGAGAGCAAGCUACCUGUCUAUCAAGUGCUGGCUAGAGAAAAACAGCAGAAGGCCGUCGGUCUCUCAGAGGAGAGCGUAUCUGUGCAGAAAGAUGUGACGGUAUUAAAAGCGAAAGAGGAGCACGCCCCGAGCGAUGAAGCUGCCGUAAAUGAUGCGGGCGCUGAUGACGUGAACAAGCAGAGGACUGAAAUGCCAAGUAAAGCAGGGCCCGACCCUCUCUCUGAGCAGCAGCCCAAUGGCUUGGCAUGCAGUGUAGCCCCAGAUUUAGCAACCAAGGGACCAUGGGACAAAAAGGUCUUUAGAACGUGGGAAAGUUCUGGAGCCACUAACAAUAAGUCACAGAAAGACAGACUUUCACAUGUGCUUGUUCAUGAUGUGAGAGAGAAUCACGUGGGUCACCCUGAAAGCAAAAGUGUUGACCAAAAGAGUGAAUUUGUAUCUGUGACUGAGAGAGAACACAAGGUGUUAACAAAUGGCUCUCUCUCAGAAAUUAAGGAAAUGACUGUAAAAUCUCCUUCCAAGAAGGUCUUGUACAGGGAGUAUGUUGUGAAAGACGGGGACCAUCCGGGGGGAGCUCUUGAGCAGCCCCCCAGGAGAAGCGAGAGCUCUGCAGUGUCGCAUAUUCCAGUCAGAGUUGCUGAGGAGAGGAGGGCACUGUCCUCCAGCAUUCCUGACGGUUUCUGUGAGCAGUCGACACUUGCAAAACAUGAACUAUCGCAAAAGCUGCCCCCAUCAAAUAUGAGCAAAGAGACAGUUGAGACACAGCACUCUAAUUCUGUAGAAGAUGAAAAGGUUACCUAUUCAGAGAUCAGCAAAGUUUCCAAACAGAGUUAUGUAGGCUUAUGCCCACCUCUUGAGGAGACUGAGACUUCCCCCACCAAAUCUCCUGACUCUUUAGAGUUUAGCCCAGGAAAGGAUUCUCCCUCUAGUGAUGUCUUUGACCACAGUCCCAUUGAUGCCUUGGAAAAACUUGCACCACUAGCCCAGACAGAGGGAGGGAAAGAGAUCAAAGCAUUACCUGUUUAUGUCAGUUUUGUACAAGUGGGGAAGCAAUAUGAAAAGGAGAUACAACAAGGAGGUGCGAAAAGGAUCAUAAGUCAGGAGUGUAAGACGGUCCAAGAGACGAGGGGGACCUUUUAUACCACUAGACAGCAGAAGCAGCCUCCUUCUCCCCAAGGUAGCCCAGAAGAUGACACUCUAGAGCAAGUAUCUUUUCUAGACAGCUCUGGGAAAAGCCCUUUAACCCCAGAAACACCCAGCUCAGAGGAAGUGAGUUAUGAAUUUACAUCUAAGACCCCAGACUCGCUCAUAGCUUAUAUACCAGGCAAGCCCAGCCCAAUUCCUGAGGUUUCAGAGGAGUCUGAGGAGGAGGAGCAGGCCAAGUCCACCUCCCUGCAGCCAGUCACAGUGGAGGAAACCACAGUUGAGCGGGAUAUGCCUUCCAGUGGGGGUAGAGAUGCUGUUCAAAGGCCCAAAAGUAACAGAGUCGCCUACAUCGAGUUUCCCCCUCCUCCCCCCUUGGACGCAGAGCACCUUGAGUCUGAAAAGAGGCACCGUUUUCUCCCCGAAAGGGAGGCAGAGCUGACUGAAGUCAGUCUGCAAGAUGAAUACGACAAGGGCCAGCUGGCUGAGCCGGUCAUCAGAGUGCAGCCGCCCUCCCCUGUGCCUCCAGGGGCAGAAGCCAGCGAGUCCAGUGAUGAAGAAUCUCUGUACCAACCAGCCCCUGUUAAAAAAUACACCUUCAAGUUAAAGGAAGUAGAUGAAGAACAGAGAGAAAUGUCAAAAUCCAAAGCUUCGGCCGAAAAGACUGCCAACCAGAAAGAACUGGAAAGUAAUGGCAAAGAUGCUGAGCUGGGCCUCGGCCUUGACUCGCCCCAGAACGAAAGUGCUCAGAAUGGAAACAAUGACCAGUCCAUCACAGAGUGCUCCAUUGCCACCACCGCGGACUUCUCUCACGACACGGAUGCCACAGAGGUUGACUCUCUGGAUGGCUAUGACCUGCAGGAUGAAGAUGUGCUGACAGAGAGUGACUCAAAACUCCCAAGCCAAGGCCUGGAAACGAAGCAAGACAUCUGGAACUCCGAGGGCAUCCUGAGACCGGCCGACCGCUCUUUUAGCCAAAGUAAACUGGAGGUCAUUGAGGAAGAGGAGAAAAUGGGCCCAGAAGAAGAGAAGCCAGCCUCUAAAAGUUCUUUGCCUGAAAGGCCUCCGGAUAAGACCGAUCAGAAGACAGGGGCCCAGUUUUUCACCCUAGAAGGCAGACAUCCCGACAGAUCGGUGUUUCCUGAUACUUAUUUCAGUUACAAAGUAGAUGAAGAAUUUGCCACUCCUUUUAAAACAGUAGCUACCAAAGGUCUAGAUUUUGACCCUUGGUCCAGUAGCCAAGGGGAUGAUGAAGUGUUUGAUGGUAAAUCACGGGAAGAUGAAACGAAGCCAUUUGGUCUGGCAGUGGAAGACCGUUCUCCAGCGACAACCCCUGACACCACGCCGGCCAGAACACCAACUGAUGAAAGUACCCCGACUAGUGAGCCUAACCCCUUCCCAUUUCAUGAAGGAAAAAUGUUUGAGAUGACUCGCAGUGGUGCAAUUGACAUGAGCAAGAGGGAUUUUGUUGAAGAAAGGCUCCAAUUUUUCCAGAUUGGUGAGCAUACUUCUGAAGGGAAGUCAGGGGACCAGGGGGAAGGGGAUAACAGCAUGGUCACUGCCACUCCACAGCCACAGUCAGGGGACACCACUGUAGAGACCAAUCUAGAGAGAAGCGUAGAGGCACCUACAGUUGAACCUAAGCCCAGCAGCCCGACCAGCCGAGAGUGUCAGGAAGGCGCAUCCGGUAGUGGCUCUCUGGACAAAGCAGCAGCGGCCACUAACACCUCUAAAGUUGACCCCAAGUCACGCACGCCUAUAAAAAUGGGAAUUUCUGCAUCCACUAUGACCAUGAAGAAAGAAGGUUCUGGCGAAGGAGCAGAUAAGCUAGAAGCUGGGACGCCCAGUUGUCAGGGAGUAGAAAAUGAAACUUCACCAGUGAUUUCCAACACAGCCGAUAGCCACACGGGCACUAGUCCCCGAGAAAAACACGAUUUCCAAAAAGAUAACUUUAAUAACAACAACAAUCUGGAUGCUUCCACUAUGCAGACAGAUAUCAGUAAUAUAGUUCUGACAGAACAUCCUGUACCCACUUGUACCACAGAGAAGGCUAACCCAGUGAAAAGCUCAUCAGGAAAAAGGACAGGGGUACUACAAGGACACUGCACCAGAGAUAAGCAGCCAGCUCUGGGCGAGCUGCACAAGACAAAGGAAUCGAUAGGGCUUAGGCGGAAAUCCAAGCUGCCCAUAAAAGCCACCUCACCAAAAGAUAUCUCCCCUCCAAGCCAUAGGUCAAACAUUAAAGCAAGUAAAGCGAAGCAGGUUAGUCCAUCUGAGAAAGCCAGACCCCUUACUAGCUCCUCAUGUGUAGACACGAAGUCCAGAAUUCCAGUGAAAAACACACACAGGGAGAACCUAGCUUCAGUUAGAAAAGCAUGUGCCGUACAAAGGCAAGCACAGCCUGAGCAGGGCAGGGCCAGACAGCUUCCAUCCAAAUUGCCAGUAAAGGUAAGAUCCACUUGUGUUACUGCUACCACCACCACUACCACCGCCACGGCCACCACCACUGCCACCACCACCACCACCACUAUCACCACCACCACCACAGCCAAAGUCAGGAAAAGUCAGCUUAAGGAAGUAUGUAAACAUUCCAUUGAAUAUUUUAAGGGAAUUAGUGGUGAGACCUUAAAGCUUGUGGACCGCCUCUCUGAAGAAGACAAAAAGAUGCAGUCGGAGUUGUCUGAUGAGGAAGAGAGUACCUCAAGAAACACGUCGUUGUCCGAGACUUCCCGGGGUGGCCAGCCUUCAGUUACCACGAAGUCUGCUAGAGAUAAGAAAACAGAGGCAGCGGCUUUAAAAUCAAAGAGUGAAAAGGCCGGCAGUGAGAGAAGGAGCAGUAGGCGGACUGGUCCUCAGAGUCCAUGUGAACGGACAGAUAUCAGGAUGGCAAUAGUGGCUGACCACCUGGGACUUAGCUGGACAGAAUUGGCAAGGGAACUGAAUUUUUCAGUGGAUGAAAUCAAUCAAAUACGCGUGGAAAAUCCCAAUUCCUUAAUUUCUCAAAGCUUCAUGUUAUUAAAAAAAUGGGUUACCAGAGACGGGAAAAAUGCGACAACUGAUGCCUUAACUUCGGUCUUGACAAAAAUUAAUCGGAUAGAUAUAGUGACUCUGCUAGAAGGACCAAUAUUUGAUUAUGGAAAUAUUUCAGGCACCAGGAGUUUUGCAGAUGAAAACAAUGUUUUCCAUGACCCUGUUGAUGGUUGGCAGAACGAGACGUCCAGUGGAAACACAGACUCGCCCGCGCAAGCUCGAAGGCUGACUGGCGCGCUGCUGGACCGGCUGGGAGACAGCCCCGAGCAGUGUAGAGAUUCUAUUACCUCAUAUCUCAAAGGAGAAGCUGGAAAAUUUGAAGCAAAUGGCAGCCAUGCCGAAGCCACUCCCGAAACAAAGGCGAAAUCUCACUUUCCAGAACCCCAGAGUGACGCAGGAAGGCAGAGUGCUAAGGAAACUCCGAAACCAAAAACACACGGACCUGGCCGUCUGGAGGAGCCACCAUCGCCACUAGCAGCGUAUCAGAAAUCUCUGGAAGAAACCAGCAAGCUUGUCACAGCAGAGCCUAAACCCUGCGUGCCUGUCAGCAUGAAAAAGAUGAGCAGGACUUCUGCUGCUGACGGCAAGCCACGGUUUAACCUUCACGAAGAGGAGGGUUCCAGUGGGUCAGAGCCAAAGGUCAAAAGUCCGGGUGCUGCUCUCACACGGAUGACGGCCUGCUGCUACAAGGACUUGAAAGACAGUGAGAAUGAUUCAAGCUCAGAGGAGGAACGGAGAGUCACUACCCGAGUUGUUCGCCGGCGUUUGAUUAUAAAGGGAGAGGAAGCAAAAAACAUCCCCGGUGAAUCUGUCACAGAAGAGCAGUUUACUGAUGAAGAAGGAAACCUCAUCACCAGAAAAAUCACUCGGAAAGUAAUAAGGCGAAUUAUCCCGCAAGAGAGGAGACGGGAUGAAGUGCAGGGAGAAGCUUACAAGAUGAAGCCGAAGAAGGAAAUCCGGCAUGUGGAAAAGAAGAGCCACGCAUAACGGAACGGAUCAUGUAUUUUUACUGCCAGUAUUGAGAAAUUCAUGAAAGAAAUAUCAACAGGAAGGAAAGAAGUCACGGAGAAGGGUGUGUGUGCUUGCUGCUUCCACACAUUAAUGGCAUGAUUUUUUUAUGCAAAAAGAAAAAAAAGAGAAGAAAAUCACUCCCUUUUUUAUUUAGCAUGAGCCACCUUCCAGAGCAUGGAACUCACGCUCCCUUCCAGGACUAGCGCGUGUGCAGUUAGCAACACAGUGUACAUACAGGAAGCCACGCUCUUAGCCAUUUAGCUCGAGUAACUUGGUGUCACUUUCAAAGGAAAUUCCUGCCGCCAGAAGGGACAGAAGGAGAUGACAUGGUCAAAUCUCGAAGAAACACUAAAAUUACUAAAUCCACAACAGCUCGCCUUAUUUUUCUUGGACCCAAACUGUCAGGGUAUAAACACUAUUUGUUUCUUUUUUAAAACAUCGGUAGUUUUGCUGUAAAUAGUAACACUGUAUAAAUUCUAACAGAAAAAAAUAGAAUAAAUGCUGGUAAGGCACUGCCUCUUAGAACACAAACACAAUACUGCAGAUGCAUUUAGCAUAAUAGGGGUCUCAAGAGAUGCCCCUAGAAGAGGGGCGAGGUCCUGGGCAGGGUCGCCCCCCUGACUCUUGUACAUUAGCAACUAUAAUGUUUGUAUAUGCAAAACAGCUAGCUUGAUUUUAAAAAAAAAAAAUCUUUAAAAUCUGCUGCAAAUUUAAUUCCCAAAAUGAGGAAUUCUGUAGUUGUGUGAAAAUUUUUUCUUCAGAAUACUAAUAUUUUGAUGCAUGUGUAUCACCUUAUUUUGAUUAAAUCUUUUCCAAUUUUGCAAACACUACAGUAUACUGCAACACAGAAGAUUUUAUCUGUAAACACAAAGCCCUUCAUUACUAUUUGUUGCUAUUGCCAAUUUUUCAAUGAAAUGACUUAAAAAUGCAAAAAAAAAAAAGACCUAUACAGUAGUUGCUUUAGGGGUGGGGGGAUGCUGUUAGUGCUUAAAAGGGGGUAAUGCUUGCCGCUGUGGAGACGGACCGUGCUCCAGCAGGGGCCCCAGCCGGGGUAUUUAAGACGGACUGAACAGAAACCUUAGCUAGUAGAAUGGCAGCACGCUGUAGACUUCUUACUGUAUCGUGUACUGGCUCUCAGAUAUAGACACCUAUCCGUAAGCCAAUCAUUUGUAACCAUCCGAGCAGUGUCAUGUUAGGUUAAUAAGGCUGCUGUGUUUUAAAGGGCAUUUUUAUUUGGGGUUUGGUGGAAUUCUUUAAUUUGUUGAUUAUAUUCACAUAAAAAUCAGCAUUCAUCGACACAGAGCUCUAGUGAUGUAUGUAUGAAAAACCAGACACUGGAUGACCUAGUCAAUUAUUUAAGCAUAAAAUAAAUUGUGUUAAACUCUUCA